AUAAAUCAUGCAUCUAAGUUCUCAACAUAGCAGCUUUUGAACUUUGCGGUUCAUAUAUUUUCCCUAGUGUUCUUGCGUAGUAGCGAGUCUUGUUCUUGAAGGUGAAAGAUAAAAGGGAGAAGCUUCAUAAUGGCUCAAUGUAUGAGCUUGUUCUUAGUUCUUACUCUCCUUGGCUCUGCUCCCCUUUGCUUAUGUUGGAAGAGCAAUGGUGGGUACCUUUACCCUCAGUUUUAUGACCAUUCCUGCCCUAACGCUCAACAGAUAGUUAAGUCUGUUGUAGCUAAGGCAGUAGCAAAAGAAGCUCGUAUGGCUGCCUCAUUACUUAGGCUUCAUUUUCAUGACUGCUUUGUCAAGGGUUGUGAUGCAUCAAUACUGUUAGACAGCAGUGGAAGCAUAAUCAGUGAGAAGGGUUCUAAUCCAAACCGAAACUCAGCUCGAGGAUUUGAAGUAAUCGAUGAGAUCAAAGCUGCAAUAGAGAAGGAAUGUCCUGAAACUGUAUCUUGUGCUGAUAUUUUAGCCUUAGCUGCUAGAGACUCCACAGUUCUUGCUGGAGGACCAAGCUGGGAAGUUCCAUUGGGAAGAAGGGAUUCUAGAGGCGCUAGCUUGAGUGGUUCUAACAACAACAUUCCUGCUCCAAACAACACAUUUCAAACAAUUCUCACUAAGUACAAGCUUCAGGGCCUCAAUGUUGUCGAUCUUGUAGCACUAUCUGGAAGCCACACAAUCGGAAAUGCUAGAUGCACCAGCUUCAGGCAGAGGCUGUACAAUCAGUCUGGUAAUGGGCAACCUGAUUAUACACUUGAUCAAUCAUAUGCUGCUCAAUUGCGCACCAACUGCCCAAGAUCUGGAGGCGAUCAAAACCUGUUUUUCUUGGACUUUGCAAGUCCAACAAAGUUUGAUAACAGCUACUUCAAGAACCUACUUGCUUCAAAGGGCCUGUUGAAUUCUGACCAAGUUCUCCUGACAAAGAAUGAAGCAUCCAUGGAACUGGUCAAGAAUUAUGCUGAGAACAAUGAGCUCUUCUUCGAGCAGUUUGCUAAGUCAAUGAUCAAGAUGGGAAAUAUCUCUCCAUUCACAGGUUCAAGGGGAGAGGUGAGAAAAAAUUGCAGGAAAAUUAAUGCUUAACUUCACCUUACUGCCAAGUUUGCUGUUGACAAGUGAUUUAUGUUCUUAAGGCUUUGUGCCUGAUUUCAUAUUAUGUACUGUCCUUAUAUUACUUAUUUCAAAGAGAAAUUCCAGUUCUGCAUUUUGUUGUUA